CAGCUGGGGGGAGGUUCUGAAAGUGUAAUCUGAGCCCCUGCUCUGUCUGGUUCUGUCCUUCAGCUCCCCUGUAAUCCUGUCAGCUCUGUAAUCCUCCCACUGCGCUCAGAUCUCUGCAAGUCUUUCCUCACCUCAGCUCUGUGGAAUGCUGCUGGAAACCAUCUGAACCAUUCAGGAUGUUGAGCUGGGUGGUUAAAGUUGUUCCCCAGCCUCCUGAACUUCCUUCCAAAAACACUGAGGAUCCCAAAGAAGGAAAACCAGAUGCUGCUCCGCCCCCUGCUGCUACUGCCCCACCCCCUGCACAUGAGAAGAAGGUGACGUUUGAAGAUGAGAGUAAAAAGGAUGCUGCGAAACCAAAGCAGGACGCUGAGGCAGCUGCAGGGAACGGUCCAGCUCCAGGCAUGCUGACAUGGAUCAGCAGCGCUCUGCCUCAGCCAACACUCCCAGCCAACCAGAACCGAGUCAACUCCACUGCCAAGCUGGAUGAUCCAGAAUCUUCUCCUGAUGUUUGUCUUUUCCUCUCUCACAUCUGCCAGCAGGAGGAAGGUGCAGGAGCCAGCAAGCCCGAUGAUGAGAAAAAGAUGAUGGACUGGAUUUCGCAGGGUUUGGAGAAAGUUGUUCCUCAGCCUGAUCUGAAGAGCAAAGAUUCAAUGACAACUGAGCAGCAGCUUCAGGUGCAGAAAACAGCAGCUCCAGCAGAACUCCAGAAUACUGGGAAGGAGCCAGAUCCAACGGACCAGACAACUCCACCCAGCAUGAUGGAGUGGAUCAAACAUGGCAUUGUGAAGGUGGUUCCUCAGCCAGAGACCCUCCCAAAGACAGAUGGAACCAACAAAUCUGAAACUCAACCUCCACCCAAAGCUCCCCCUGCAGCACCUCCUCCGGCCACCAGACCAGCCUCAGAGACAGACAUGAUGGGCUGGAUCAUCAGCGGGAUUGGACGUAUGUUGCCUCAGCCCAUCCCAAAGCUGGAUGCAGGAAAUGACGAAGCACAGAUCACCAGCACUGCUCAGAAGAAGACAGACCUGGUACUAGAAGACCUGGAGGAGGUGAAGGAGGAGCCACAUGUACAGCACAGUCAGCAGCUGUCCAUAAAGGAGACGGACGAUGCAGAGACGCAGGUAGACCAGCUAACUCCUCUAAUGGACAGCAUCAAGAAGGAGGCCGGAGAGGCCGUCCCCGCUCACAUGGAGGAAAGGUUAGAGCGUCUGGAAGAAGCACGGGUUGCUGAGGAGAUGGCCAGGAAGGCGGCAGAGGAGGCAGUCCGGCAGCUGGAGGUGGAGCAUUCAGCGAAGAUAGUCAUAGAAACACUGCCAGAGUCCAACGAGCAACUGCCCAACAUCCUGGAGGAGGAAAAUGAAGAUGAGCCAGAGUUUCUGGUGGACGUCUGUCCAGCUGAAGAAAAUUUUGAAUCUAGAGCUGAAGAGAACCAGGUGGGAGGCCUGCCCCCGCCCACUGCUCCUGAAGCAACAGAGCAUAUCACUCCUUCAUCCACUGAUGUAGAGCCAGCAUCAGAGAGGAGAGACCUGGAGAGUCCAAUAACCCAACAACCAGAACCACACCAUGAAGAGAUCCCGCCCCCCUCCACAGAGCAGAGCAAAGCAGCUGCACCAGAAGAAGCAGAAGCAGUUGGAUGUGGAGUUCUCAGCAUCUGUGCUCCCGUAAAGAGUUUCCUGCUUCGGUUCCCGCUUGCUGCAGAGUGCAUGGAGCGCUGCAGAAAAACGAUGCUCGAGCACAACCUGACGCCACCCAUGCUGUCCAUGCCGACCCCGCCUGCAGAACUCGUUGGGCUCACCCAGCAGCUGUUGCAGCUCCCAAAGCAGGCGCGGCAGCACUGCAGCAGCAUCACCAGCCGCUUCGCUCUUCCCAGCUUCCUCAGCAGCCUUAACCGCUCCAUUCUACAGCAGAGCUUCUCUCCUCAGAAACCUGAUAAGAGCUGCAGGAAAACUGAAGCCCCCGUGCUGAGGGUGGACGAUGCAGAUCAUAGAGUGCUGCACAGACACAACCUGAACAUCCCACAAAUAAUCACAACCCCAGAACCGGAGUCCAAUACUCUGAUGGUCCCAGAGCUCAGAGCUGAUCUGUCUGCAGGCGAGGAAGAUGAGGAGCUGCUGAAGGCCGGUCUGAAGACCUGGUUAUGUCAGGGAGACCUACUGGCUGCAGAUGACGAGAUACGCCCUCAGUCAGUUGCCAGCGUUGCCAGCACUGUGGUCCAAGACCGUCUAAAUGAGCUGGUCAAGCUCUUUAAAGGUCGGACUGAACGACAGAAAGAUCGCCUGGUGGAUCCGGAUGAAUCCGAGGAGGAGAGUCCCUCUGCUUCCCCCAGCAAAGCUCCACCACCUCCUCCUCCGCCACCUCCACCAGGAGAGGGGAAGGAUGACACAACAGCACCACUGGCAGAGGAGGAGGAGCUGUUCCAGUUUGAACUUCUGGGACAUCCCUUGAAAAUUCCCAAACUACCCCCAAUGCCUGAUUGGCUCCAAGCUAUCCUGGAAUAUCGCUUUCCCUCCAGCAUUGACCCAUUCACCGAUCUGAUCUACGUCAUCUGGCUGUUCUUCGUGGUGGCGGCGUGGAACUGGAAUGUGUGGCUGAUCCCGGUCCGGUGGGCAUUCCCCUACCAGACCCCGGAGAGCCUCUAUCUGUGGCUGCUGGCCGACUACACCUGUGACUUCAUCUACAUCGCAGACAUCCUCAUCUUCCAGCCCAGACUGCAGUUUGUCCGUGGAGGAGACAUCGUGUGUGAUAAAAAGGAUAUGAGGGAACAUUACAUGACCACUGAGAGGUUUAAGAUGGACGUCAUCAGCCUGUUCCCCAUGGAGAUAUUUUACUACUUCACAGGAGUGAACUCUCUGCUUAGAUUCCCUCGCUUGCUGAAGUACAUGGUCUUCUUUGAGUUCAACGACAGAAUGGAGGCAGUGAUGAAGAAGGCAUACAUCUACAGGGUAAUUCGGACCUCCACCUACCUGCUGUACUCACUGCACAUCAAUGCCUGUCUCUUCUACUGGGGCUCCGACUAUGAAGGACUGGGAUCCACCAAAUGGGUCUACAAUGGAAAAGGCAAUGCUUACAUCCGCUGUUACUACUUUGCUGUGAAGACGCUAAUCACCAUCGGAGGACUGCCGGAUCCCACCACCGUCUUUGAGAUCUGCUUCCAGCUCAUCAACUACUUUGUGGGUGUGUUUGCUUUCUCCAUCAUGAUCGGUCAGAUGAGAGAUGUAGUCGGAGCAGCAACAGCAGGUGAAAACUACUACCGGGCCUGUAUGGACAACACCAUCAAGUACAUGAACUCCUACAACAUCCCCCGAGAAGUCCAGAACCGCAUCAAGACCUGGUACGACUACACCUGGAAGAUUCAGGGCAUGUUGGAUGAACAGGAGCUCCUGAUUCAACUUCCUGCUAAAAUGAGACUGGACAUCGCCGUAGACGUCAACUAUUCCAUUGUCAGCAAAGUGGCUCUGUUUCAGGGCUGCGACAGGCAGAUGAUGUUUGACAUGCUAACCAGGCUCAAGUCUGUUGUGUACCUGCCUGGAGACUUUGUGUGUAAAAAGGGGGAGAUUGGAAGAGAGAUGUACAUUAUCAAGCAGGGAGAGGUUCAGGUAGUGGGUGGUCCUGACCUCCAGACUGUGUUCGUCACCAUCAGAGCCGGUUCUGUGUUUGGAGAGAUCAGUCUGCUGGCAGGGGGCGGAGGAAACCGGCGGACAGCCAAUGUGAAGGCGCAUGGAUUUGCCAACCUUUUCAUCCUGGAUAAGAAGGACCUGGCAGAGAUUCUGGUCCAUUACCCUGAGUCCCAGAAACUCCUGCGCAAGAAGACCAAGAAAAUGCUGACCAAGGACAAGAAGCCGGAGGAGAAGGAAACAUGUAAGGAGGCAGCAGAGGUCAUCCCACCCCGACCAGACACCCCCAAAUUGUUCAAGGCUGCUCUAAAGGUGACGGAGCAGGUGGGCAUCGAGGGAACCUUCGCCAAGCUGAAGAAGGCCUACAAACCAUCUGAGGACCAAAAAGAGGCUCCUCCCACCAUCUCUCCAGCCCCGCCCCCUUCUCCAAUGCACCGCCGCUCUCCGGUCCCUCGGACCCUGGCCCCAGACGACAAAGAUGAGUCUGUAGCAGAGACGGCGGACAGCUCCGUCAUCAUCAGGAUGACGCCACGGCAGGGAGGGGAGGAGCUUCUGACUGUGGAGGUGUCAGCAGAUGAGACAAAGAAGGGGGUGGAAGAGAAGGAGAAAAAAGAGGAAGAGGAAAAGAAAUAAGUUGAAUUCCUCCUUUAUUUUUGUUUGCAUGGAAAACUGCAGUACCACCUUUGGCCACAUGAGCCAGCUAACGCGUCAGUGGGGGGCGCCGCUACCACAGGGAGAGGAAACCACCCAAAAAGAGAAGUGAUGAAAGAAACUCCGUUUCCCAGAGUUCCUAGCUUGUGUCUUGCAGCUUUAAUAUAAUCUACCACAUCUGUUUUUCUCACUGAACUGAAGCUUUUAGAUGCGUCCUCCUGUUUAUUAGAGAGGAUGAAGAGUGGACGAUGCUGAGCAGCAUUCCUUCUGGUUGAUGGACUGAAAGUUCUGCUCUGUAGCUCUAACACAAACAUUAUUAUUCUCAACAUGUUUUUCACUUAAAUAUUCUUUGGAGAAUAUAAAAAAAAAUGUCUCUGACUCAUCCUGCUCUCAGAGGGGUGCACUAACCUAUCGCUUGAAAUUCUUUGUGCCGUUUAAAGUCUUUGCAGAGCUGGAGCAGACAGGUUAGCAGAUAGGAAAGUCAAUAAAAACUCAGAGACAAAAUGAUGCAUAUUUCAGGGCGAUUCCAACAUCCCUUUAAAUGUUUUGUCCUCCCAACUGCAGCCUUUAGGGGGCACCACAGCAACUAGACCUAUGUUACUCCAACCCUCUGCUGAUCCUUCACAACACCCAUAAUCCUUCUGGUCUUCCUACUGCCCUCCCUGCCACCUCCAUAUCCAACACCAUUUACUCAAAGUGAAAUUCUGAAUCUGUAAAAUAUCCCCUGUUGUAAAAUAAACAUAUUUGAAAGGAGCUUUCUGUUUCUAACAGAACCCCCAUGUUGAACGUUUAGCUGGAUUAAACUGUUGAAGCAUUCAGUGUGAACAGUCAGAGCUCAGAUGGUUCAUUGAGCAGAAGCUUCUGCUAAGGCUGAAUCCCUGCAGAGAUCUUAGAGGUUCAGGAAACAGGAAGGGUUUGCUGUUCCAGCUGAAGCUGCAGAGGAAACAUGGACAAACUAGGAAAGGAGGAAAUGAGACUGAGGCACAGGAAGCUGCUGAUUAGUCGGACAGUAGAAGAAGUUUGAGGAGCUGCUUUGAUCUUGACUUUGUUUCCAAAUGUUUGGAAUGUUUUCCGACUGACGGGAAUAAAAAACAAGCUGUUUGUACCA